CUCCCUCGCAGCCGUUUUUGUUCCGUCACGCAACGCUUCUUGACGAGACAGAGACCUUCUGCGAGGGAGACUGCUGUAACUCAACAAUGUAUUCAGUAAACUGGUGUAGAUUUCUCUUUCACAUACGUUUGAGCAACUGUUGCCACAUUGAGAUAGUAGAUCCUGUGGCUAAUUCUUUAUUACCAGCUAGCGUUGACCAAAUUUGGAAGACGUUUGCUAUAUUUGGAAAAUGACGUCAAUAGUACAGCAUAAAUGCCAGAAAAAUGGACCCCCUGUUAGAGCAGUACAAUAUGGCAGAACAUUUCACACGUUUCAUGAAGAAGAAAUAGCCGAACUAUUCAGCCUAAAAACAUAGCAAGAACAGCAAGAAUACAACUCGAUGGAUGACAUCGGCUAUUUAGAGAAAAUCUGCGGGACUAAACAUGUCUUUAUAUCAUGAACUUGCCAAGAAACAUGCAAAUGAUUAUUUUCUGUUCUUUUUAGGUUCUUGAAGAUGUUUCCCCAACGCUUGUUGCACUUCCGGUCAAGGGUGGAGCCCAUCAUCUUGACUUGAGGUAUUUUCUGUACAAUUGUUGCUUUGCUUACCCAAUAAAUCUCUGAAGUGUGAGUUUUUAAUCAUUUUAGAGAAGGCAUUAGACACCAUAAGAUCUGAAUGCAGGGAUUUAUUUUGUAAUUUCAGUCCAGUCACAACUCUUGAAAGUUUGCUCUCUUCUCUGUAGCUCAAGAGCACGAGAUAAUGAUUGGCGUUCCAUUGCGAAGCGAAUCUAUAAAGCACAGAUUGGGUAAAAAUCCCUUCUUGCGUUGAAUAUUCUGUCGACUAUUCUGUCCCUAUUUUAGAAGGCGGUGACAUCACAACCUGCUGAUAGCAUACCGUAAUAUGCUAUACACUGAGGCAAUCCAUGCAUUAUUGCAGAAGCGAGUGUGGACACUGUCCAUGCCUACAGUGUUGUGCCCUUGAGUGAAAUAACCUAAACUGCAUUACACUAUUAAGGAAUAUUAAAGCACAAUGCAAAUUACGAUACAACUUUUCUGAAGUCCUGUGAGCAGAGGCUCCAACUUAAAGCUUGAGUUGACAAAAUACAGUUUUUUUCGGUGAAAUUAUCCAGAGCCUUGAUCUCGUACUAUUAUUAUUGUGCGUUCAGUGGAACGGAAUGUGGGAAGAGUCUGUUUCACCAGUUUUGCAUUUUUUUUUUACAUAGUCGUUAUUUUUAUUUAGGGCAUCCAACCCUCAGGACCCACCAACCGUCACACAAGCCCGUGAACAAGAACUGCAACUAAUUCGCAAGUUCAUAGAGUAGACCAACUUAUUUUAAAAAAGUAACGCUGUGUUUGCAUCUUAAUCAUGAUGGAAUGCCAUGAUAGGUCUUUUGUAAUCUUUUCCAAAUUAGUGCAAAGCAAAUAACUUAAGAGACAGGUUACCUGCAAUCUGUCUUUAAAAAAUAUAAAUUUACAUUUAUGAUGUAAUUAUGAAGUGGAAUUUUUAUAACUGUUUUUAAUAAAAUUGACCAAG